AUGCAUUCUCUUUUGCCAUUCACAAUACUCUUGAGCAGCUUUGCUGUCAAGGUUCUCGGCGAUACUCAGUUCGUCACGCCCGGAUCAGCCGGAUCAGACAGUUGGCGAAACAAUCCGGGCUUCGAUGUGGGAGAGAGCAUGAACGUGGAAUGGGAGACGGACCUCGACGAGACGAAUCUUCUACUAUGGCAGGAUUAUCCUCCUGCUGGUGGCGGCACACAAUUUUUCUUCCAAUACAGAGAAAACACCACGUCAACCAGCUACAUCUGGAAGGUCGGAUUCGACGGCUUCUCCACCGACGUCAAGAAGGGAGAGGAUGCUGUAUUCCACUGGACACUCUAUGCUGCCGGUGGAACCACCGACUCCGUCGCCAACUCGCAAGCCUUCAACGUUACCGUACCUAAUGAUGAACCAUCGACGACGACCAGAACACAGACACAUACCAGCGGGGCGAGUCCGACCAGUACAACCACUUCAUCCACCGACGAACCGACCUCAGAACCGACCGAGACUUCGACUAAUGAUAGCUCGAGCUUAUCUACAGGCGCCGUCGCGGGCAUCGCUGUUGGAGCCACCAUCGGAGGUAUCUUAGCCUUGGGCGGUUUGGGCUUUCUCCUAUGGAGACGUUUCCGCAAGGGUCCCUCGACUGCUUCCGCUGCUGCUGUAGAACAAGAGAAAGCCCAGACCCAGCCUCAGCAGCCGCAAGCAGGUGCUACAGACUAUUACAAACCCCCUCAGGCUCCGACGGAACUUUCUGGCCAGUCUUGGAACCCAGGUCAAAGCGAGUAUGCUCGGGGUCCCGGUGGCCUUCAUGAAGCACCAUAA